AUGUACUCAUUAUCGUCUGUAUUAAAACGCCUCAUUUUGAUCCAUGUCUUGUCCGUACAACUACUUAUAAACAGCGAAUUGCCCUUAAACAUGACCAAUGCGUAUCUCAACCACAAAUGCUUGGUUAGUCAAGGAAAAUACAAACCGGGAAGUGAGUACGAGACACGUUUAAAAAGAAUCAUGAAAAGGUUCUAUUCGGGCAGUAACAAAGGUUACGACGGGAUCGGCGAUCCUACUUUAUCCGCUAUGCUCCAAUGCCGCGGCGACUCCUACGGGGCCAAGUGCCACGACUGCUUUGCCACCGCCCUUGCUGCGCUUCGUAGAAGAUGUCCGUGGUACAAGGGAAAGAUGAUAUGGUAUGAUCAAUGUCUUCUCGCGAUUUCUUCCAAAUUAUCUUUUGGACAGAUCGAUUACGACAAUAACUUUUGUAUGUCCAACGCAAAGAAGGUGGGAGGAGAUCAAAUCGCGUUUAUAAAAGCUUGGAAUAAUCUUAUUAUCGAUCUGACGAAUUUAGCCACCAUUGGAGAUAAUUACACACUGUACUCUGUGGGAGAGAAGCGGUACAAGGGUGAUAUGAUAUAUGGAAUGGUGCAGUGUACGCGAGACUUAUCGCCAAAGGCUUGUAAGGAGUGUGUGUCCUAUAAUAGGUUGCAUUUUCAAGAUUGCGUGAAUGAUAUACGAGGAGCGAGAGUUGUAGGCAGGAGUUGUAGUUUUAGGCUUGAGUUUUACCCUUUUAUUGCCAAGCAAGUCCGUAAUAUUUAA